GUGCGAGUCCCUGCGGGCACCGACCGCGCUCCCGCCGCGCCCCGCACAGCCGCCCCUCGCCGGCGCCACUCGGGGGGGGCUGUUUUUGUUUUGUUGGUUUUUUUUUUUUCCUCCCCCUCUCCCCCCCAUUUUUAAAUUUUCCUCCCGCUUUCCCUCCGCUCCCGGCACUUCCGGCUGGUUUCCCGGCGGUUUCCGGGUGAGCGACUCCUUUGGCGGCGGGGGCGAUGCUGGAGGCGGCGGCGGCGGGGGCCGCUCCGGGCGGCGCGGAGCAACGCGGGAGCCGCUUCAGCGUCCUGACGUGGGAGCAGGUGCAGCGCCUGGACCAGAUCCUGGGGGAGGCCGUGCCCAUCCACGGCCGCGGCAACUUCCCCACGCUGUCGGUGCGGCCGCGCACCAUCGUGCAGGUUGUCCGUAGCCGUCUGGAGAAGAAAGGAAUCACAGUCCACAACGUCAGGCUGAAUGGCUCAGCAGCCAGCCACGUCCUGCACCAGGACAGCGGCUUGGGCUACAAGGACCUGGACCUCAUUUUCGGGGUGGAUCUGAAGACCGAAGACGUUUUCCAGUUGGUUAAAGACGUGGUCAUGGAUUGCCUGCUCGACUUCCUCCCCGAAGGCGUCAACAAGGACAAGAUCACGCCCAUGACGCUGAAGGAGGCCUAUGUGCAGAAGCUGGUGAAGGUGUGCAACGAGACCGACCGCUGGAGCCUCAUCUCGCUCUCCAACAACAGCGGCAAGAACGUGGAGCUCAAGUUCGUGGACUCUCUGCGGCGCCAGUUCGAGUUCAGCGUGGACUCCUUCCAGAUCAUCCUGGACUCGCUGCUGCUCUUCGGGGAGUGCUCGGAGAACCCCAUGGCCGAGAACUUCCACCCCACGGUCACCGGGGAGAGCAUGUACGGGGACUUCGAGGAGGCCAUGGAGCACCUGCGCAGCCGCGUCAUCGCCACCAGGAACCCCGAGGAGAUCCGCGGCGGGGGGCUCCUCAAGUACUGCAACCUCCUGGUCAGGGGCUUCAAGCCCAAGUCGGAGGUGGAUAUGAAGGCGCUGCAGAGGUACAUGUGCUCCAGGUUUUUCAUAGACUUCUCUGACAUCGGCGAGCAGCUGAGGAAGCUGGAGUGUUACCUGCAGAGCCACUUUGUGGGCAUGGAGAGCAACAGAUAUGACUAUUUGAUGACCCUGCACAGGGUGGUCAACGAGAGCACGGUCUGCCUCAUGGGACACGAGAGGAGGCAGACCCUGAACCUCAUUGCCAUGCUGGCUGUGAGGGUCCUGGCUGAGCAGAACAUCAUCCCCACCGUCACAAACGUUACCUGCUACUACCAGCCAGCCCCUUAUGUCAGUGAAAUAAACUUCAACUACUACGUGACCCACGUGCAGCCCUUCCUGCCUUGCAAUCAGUCUUACCCCACGUGGCUUCCCUGUAACUGAGCCAGGACGAGCUCCAGGGUCUGUCCUCCAAGGUAUUUCCUUGCCUUGGGGGGUGGUGGGUGGGGAGCGGGGGAGCAAAAUAAAACCGACCGACCUUCCUAGGACUGCAACGAAAGGAAAACUUCCUGGACUCUUGCUCGAGCGUCUCGUUCCUGGGGUUGUUGGAACGAGACUUGUCUGCUGUACACUGUGAUGGGAAGUGCAGUGUUCCGGAAACGACUCCCGAUGGGAUUGUGGAGGCAGUGGGGUGGGUGGGGGUGUGUGAGGGGAGACUGUAGAAUUACGCUAAGGUAGAGCUGCACUGCCCUGAAAUGGAUCUGAAUUGUGGUGGUUUGUAUUUUUUUUUUGUUGUUUUUUUUUUGGGGGGGGGGGUUGUUUUGGUUUUUUUUUUUUGUUGUUUUGUUUUUUUGUUUUGUUUUUUUUUUAGUGCAGGAGAUGUUAUGGGUGUGCAAACUUGUGGUUUCUGCCGAGAGAAGCCAGAGUGGCUAAUUCCUUUGAAGGACCAAAGAAUCCUGUUUAAGUGCCUGUAACAAUAUAAACACAACUGUACUGUAAACCUAUAUUAUUUUUUCGCAGGGCCUGACGGCCCAAAGCUUGAGUGGGGGAAUGUCUGAAGAGGAAAAUGUUUCUGUCGUGGGUGGGGAGGGUCUCAAGAUCAUUUCUUAUCCUGGCUGAGGCCAGAGCAGGUUCUGUGUCUGGGCACGGCUUGCUGCCUGUGAAGGACCAGCAGGUGCAAAGAGCUGCCAAAGUGGGGCUGCAGGGCCCUGGGGGGAUUGGAAUGGCUCUGUGGAAAUCCCAAAACUGGGAACCCUGGGGAGGGGGGGAAAUGCUGUGCAGAGCUUGCUGGAGAAAAGGCGGCAGGGACCUACGCAUGGAUUUCUUCAAGCUCCCGAAUCUGCAGUGCCAAAAUAUAGUUGAGUUCUUAAAUGAUGAGGCAGAUGAUUUGUCCAGGAGCCUGCCCCAGGCUGCCAUACCUAAUCCUGUAUUUUCUAGGGGAAUUUGAAAUGCUGCUCUUCCGAUUUCUCUUUUUUUUUUUCAUUUUUGACAUGCAGUGUGAUUUUAAUGCACAAAGCCAGAGGCCAGCUGGGCCAUCGGGGAAGGUGAGGCCUGUCCCUUUGAAGCACAAACCAUCCAGGUCACUGGUCAGUCAUUUCCAGCUGUCGCUGUGUCCUCCAGGGAGGUGGACAGACCUCCUCCACACUGGAGAUCAUCCCUUGGGCAGGUCCUAUCUCCAAAGCAGCCUAUUCCCAGCUCUGUGAGCCACUGACAGCAUUUGAAAUUCAUUCUCUAGCUAGAAAUGGAGCCUGGGGGAGGAAAGGGGGGGUGGAGAAGUUAGUUGGCCUUAGGGAAAAAAAAAAAAAAAAAGUUAUUUUUAAGCAGCCCCUCUCGUGUUUUGGGGGUUUGGCUCUCUCAGUCCCAUGUGGCUUUGAAGCCGUUGGGUGUCCGGAGCGCCAAAGUUUUUCACGGAGGUGCCUGGAUUGGCUGCCCGCAGGUUCUCGGAUUUCAGUGUGCAGGGAGGGAGAGGCGGGCAGGCUGCAGGCAUUCCCUAGGGAUGCUGCUCCGGGAGCACCGCGGCUUCCUGGUGCUUCCUCCGAGGCUGACGGGCUCGAGUGUCUUUACUACUAACUCGUGGGAUUUUUUUUUUUGGGGGGGGGGGUGUUUGUUUCGUUUUGGUUUUUUGUGACAAAACUGUAAUAGCCGGGCAGAUCGAAAUAAAGACUAGAUC